GAGCAGCAGCGGUGAUGAUGAUCGAGAAGUGGAAAUCACUUCCGGAGGGGAUUCUGAUGGACAUCCAUCCUCACAUGGUUACCAGUUAAGUCCAUCAUUCGAUUCAGGUGUGUAUCCAAGAAUUGGUGCAAUCAUUUCACGAACCCUGAUUUCAUUAAACUACAUGUUGAGCAUUCAAAUCAAAUGAAUCAUUCUAGUCUCAUCCUUACAAAACAAGAACCAACCAAGUACUAUUCAAGGGACGAACCUUAUUCUGCUUCAUUUCCUUCACUUGAUUACAAAAUCUCUGGAGAUGAUGUUACAUUUGAUAUGUCUGUUGAAUAUCACUGUCCAUUUCACUACUGGAAAUAUUACAUUACAAUCCUUGGUUCUUGUAAUGGAUUGAUUUGCCUCCAGUCUGAUCCUGAACUAUUAUUCGUUUGGAACCCAAUUACUAACGAUUAUCAUAAAUUACCACAAGCUCCGAAUGAACCUCAGGGAGUUGUCUUUCCAGUUAAAAUAUUUGGGUUUGGUUACGAUUGCAAGACUGGUGAUUAUAAGGUAGUGAAAAUCUUUAUGCCCGGGAGAGUUAAGCUUUCUAAAGUUUGGAUUUAUAUUUAUACUUUAGGAACAAAUUCAUGGAGGGUGCUUGCCGAUGUUCCUUACGUAUUUUUUCUGUCUGGAGAAUUAAAAAAUGGAACGGGUUUAAAUGGACUUCUUCGUUGGCUGGUACAUCCUCUUGGAAGAGGUAAUCGACCCAUUCGGAUUGUACUUUGUUUUGAUGUUGGGAAUGAGAAAUUCGGUGAAAUGCAUCUACCUAUACCGUUGUGUGGUGCACCUGAAGGUGUGAAUUAUUUUAAGACAUCUAUUGGCUUGUUGGAUGGUAAACUUUGCUUAUCAUGGUACGUUAGUGAUGGGAAUGUAGAUGUAUGCGUUAUGAAGAAUUAUGGAGUAACUGAAUCUUGGACCAAACUCUUCCGCGUAAGCUGGUUAAAAGAAGACAAUGGGUAUUUGAGGGCGAUACAAUCUUUAAAGAGGUGAUAUCUUAUUAUUUGGUCAGCCUUUAAACCAGUUAACCAGUAACGGGGAUUUAAUCUUGUACAGCUCGAUGAGUGGAAAUGCUAGGUUCUUGGAUACAAGUGGUCAUCAGAAAUUGGAGGAUGCGUGCACUUAUGUUGGCAGUCUGGUUUCAGUUAAGUCAAUUGUAACGCAGGCCAAUAAGAUGUAGAGCAGGCAAUAUUCCAGUUUUGCAGAAGCAAGUUGUCCCUGCAUACAUCAUUUUGUUAAAAGAAGCAGAAAACUAGAUAUCUCUCUAUAUCCAUCUUUGAGUGCAGCAGCUUCAAGGAUGGCUUUUUGGUCCUCAAUAUACAUCAUAUAUGUUCUGCUGUCUUGGUUACUAGAAUUGUUGGUGCUAUUCGUCAGAAUCCCCAUAAGGAUAUUAUAAGCUUUAUUGUCUGAGAAGCUCCUAGCUUCAUUUCUUCAUGCCAGAUCUCCUGAAGAAGUACCAUGAUGUUUAUUUAAUGUUUGAUAAAAUGUGGUUAACACAUGAUUAUAAUGUACAUGAAAUACUCAAGUCAAUCUCAGCAGAUGGAGAAUCCGACAUCAAAGUUUUGUUAUUGGAUUUAUCAAUUUAACGAC